AUGCAUCUUAUCCAAGCAUUCUUCUACGUCGCCCUUCUCGUCGCAACUCCCAUCUUCGCUGCCCCCGCCGGCAAAUCAGCUCCCACCGCUCCUUCAACCGUAACUUGCAAACCCACCACCAACGCCUCCUCCACGAAAACCUUCAAAGUCAGCGUCUCGCGCGCCAAAGACGAGAUGACAAAAGCCGGCCUCAACACCGGCAAGUCCGGCGACCCACACGUCUACGGCAACACAGACAAGAUAAAAUGGGGCGUUGGCGCAUGUGACAAGGCCGGAGCGCAUUUGCUCGAGUAUCCUGUGUUUUGGGAGGGGCAGAAGGCGAAUUGGGAGAAGAAUGAGUAUACGGCAUUGCAGGCGAAGACGCCGAUUCGGGUUGUUUACGCGAAUGCGAAUGGGGCGGCGGUUUACUGUGGAGUUAUGACACAUGCGAAGGUGACGAAGGAGUUUAAGGGGGAGGAUUACUUUGUUAAGUGUGAGUGA